GAACAUCAAUCAAUCAUUUUUGGGGCGGAACCCCAUUGGCUACCGCCGGGUGGGGCGGGGCUCACCGGGUAUAUAAUGCACGGGAAGCCACGCUCCUCUCACAGCCGUUCCCGCCGGUCGCCGGGUGUAGCUCUGUUAUGGCCGCCGCGCUCCAGCCCCUCCGCGCCCUCAGCCGCGCUGCGAUGGAGCCCCGCGCCCGCCGCCUGCACCUCAGCGCCGCCCGGGGGGACGCCGUGGUGAUCUCGGGGAGGAAGCUGGCGCGGCAGAUCCGGCAGGAGGCGCGGCACGAGGUGCAGCAGUGGGUGGCUGCCGGCAACAGGAGGCCGCACCUGAGCGUGGUGCUGGUGGGGGAGAACCCGGCCAGCCACUCCUACGUGCUCAACAAAACCAAAGCAGCGGCUGAUGUGGGGAUCAGCAGCGAGACCAUCCUCAGGCCAGCCUCCAUCACCGAGGAGGAGCUGCUGGAGCUGAUUGCCAAACUCAACAGUGACACGGCCGUGGACGGGCUCCUGGUGCAGCUUCCCCUGCCUGAGCACAUCGACGAGCGCCGGGUGUGCAACGCCGUGAGCCCGCACAAGGACGUGGACGGGUUCCACGUGCUCAACGUGGGCAGGAUGUGCCUGGACCAGGACUCCAUGCUGCCCGCCACACCCCGGGGUGUCUGGGAGAUCAUCCAGAGGACAGGGAUCCCCACGCUGGGCAGGAACGUGGUGGUGGCGGGCAGGUCCAAGAACGUGGGCAUGCCCAUCGCCAUGCUGCUGCACACCGACGGCAGCCACGAGCGCCCCGGAGGUGACGCCACGGUGACGAUCUCGCACCGCUACACGCCCAAGGAGCAGCUGAAGCAGCACACCAUCCGUGCUGACAUCGUGGUGGCUGCUGCAGGCAUCCCCAACCUGAUCACGGCCGACAUGAUCAAGGAGGGGGCGGCCGUGAUCGACGUGGGCAUCACCCGGGUGCAGGACCCGCUCACAGCCCGGCCCCGCCUCGUGGGCGACGUGGACUUCGAAGGGGUGAGGAAGAAGGCGAGUUACAUCACGCCGGUGCCCGGCGGCGUGGGGCCCAUGACGGUGGCCAUGCUGAUGAAGAACACCAUCAUCGCUGCCAAGAAACUGCUGAGGCCCCAGGAGCUCGAGGCUCUGCCUGCCUAAACAGGGCCGGGCUUAACCAGGGGCCCCUCAGAGCCGGGCUUAACCAGGGGCCCCUCUCAACACCACCAUCGCUGCCAAAAACUGCUGAAACCCCAGGAGCCUGAGGCUCUGCCUGCCUAAACAGAGCCGGGCUUAACCAGGGGUCCCUCAGAGCUGGGUUUAAUGAGGGGUCUCUCUGAACCAGGCUUAAUGAGGGGUCCCUCAGAACGCCGUCAUCGCUGCCAAGGAACUGCUCAAAACCCAUGAGCUCCAGGCUCUGCCUGCCUAAACAGCCCUCUGAGCUGGGCUUAACCAGGGGUCCUUCAGAGCUGGGUUUAAUGGGGGCCCCUCAGAGCCAGGCCUAGCCACGCCAUUCCAGCCUGAGUCCCCGACAGGACAUGCAGUAAUUCAAUGUUUGUUAUUUAUUGUCCUGCACGUGGGGCUUUUCACCAGAGUGAGGUCACAGGUAUUUAUUGGCUGGGCUGGGAUUACCUAAACUCCUCCUGCUUGGUGUUAGAGCUGGGAUUAUCCAAACUCCUGCUCGGUGUUAGAGCUGGGAUUAUCCAAACUCCUGCUCGGUGUUAGAGCUGGGAUUAUCCAAACUCCUGCUCGGUGUUAGAGCUGGGAUUAUCCAAACUCCUGCUUGGUGUUAGAGCUGGGAUUAUCCAAACUCCUGCUCGGUGUUAGAGCUGGGAUUGUCCACGCUCCUGCUUUGUUUAUGAGCUAGGAUUAUCCAAACUCCU